AUGUCUCACCAGACAAAGCAGCCCACCCCCAAACCCCCAGUGGGCUCCGGGAAAACCUCCGGCGGCGGCGGCAGCUCCGGCGGCGGCGGCUCCGGUGGUUCCGAUGGCGGCUCCGGUGAAAAAGUCAAGCCUUGCGGGAGCGGUGGCAGCUCCGGCGGCGGCUCCAGCGGCGGCGGGGGCUCCUCCGGGAGCGACGGCUCUGGAGGCUGCGGAGGAGGUUCCGGUGGGAAGAACUCCAGUAGCGGCGGCUCCUCUGACAAGAAGGUCCAGUGCCAGAGCUACGGAGGCGUCUCUAGUGGUGGCUCUUCCGGGGACGGCUCCGUUUGCGUUGGCGGCUCCUCCGGGGGCAGCUCCGGGGAUGGCCAGGGCUUCCCGGUCUGCCAUCAGACCCAGCAGAAGCAGACGCCUACCUGGCCAAGCAAAUAA